AUGAGCGGAUUUCGUAGUCAAAAAUGGGACCCAUGGUUAAUCAUUAGUCAGAUUAUUGCAGUUCAAACCUUAUAUUAUUUCGGUCUGGGAUGUUGGGUUUUCUUGCUUACAUUGUUUGAUAACCAAGUGCCUACACUUGAUUAUCUAUUUUCAUAUAAAAAACUGAAGCUUUCCAAUUGGAGUGAACAAUUAUUUGUUAGCAUCUUUUUCAUCAAUGCUCUAACAAGUGGAUUAGCAAUUGUUUAUCUUGUCGGUCGAUAUAAACAAUGCCUAGAUUUUUCUUUAACAGUUCAUUUCUAUCAUUUCUUUGCUUGUUGGAUGUAUAAUUCUCAAUAUCCGAAUGUUUUCUCUUGGUAUGUUGUACAAUUUUUCUCCGUUGUCAUUAUGACGAUCCUCUCGGAACAUUUCUCCAAAAAGCACGAGCUCCGAACAAUUCCACUGAGUUCACGUGUUGAUCUGUGA